CACGAAAUGCACGUGUAGUAAGCUCAUCUUCAUUUUUGCAUAUCCUUGAUGAACUUCAGCUAUUUACACUUGAUGGAAAUAAGUGGUUUUAUGUAGAUAAGAGUAUAGUGCAAUAGGUGAGAGAUAAUAGUACUGACGCAAUGAAUUACUCACUUAUUUACUUGCUUACAUAUUUAUGGACUGUGGUGCGUGCUACUUAUAUUCAUAUAAGUAGUAUAUUAUGCGAGUCAGGAAUGUAAUGUCUGGCAGCAGAAGAUGAGAGAAGAUGAAGAAAGCAAACGCGCGAGUAGAAUGCAAUUUGUAUGAAAAUGUAAGAACAAUGAAGUGUGAGUGAUUUUGAGACAAUUGGUGGACAUUUUGCAAAUGAUCGAUUUAAUAUAAAGUUGUCAGAUUCUAUUGAGAUGCUCUGUAAUUUUGUGUCAAAUGCAUCCGUUUAUCCUCACUCGUGUACUGUACACAGCACACAGUACUUGUGGCUAAUACCGCCAAUCGAGCAUCGGUCAUCGACCACAAUUCGCAAGUCCAAUCAGUCCAGCUUCUUUAUCAUCUUGGUCUAACACAGAAUUAUUUGAACAUCGUCUGUGCUUGUCGGACGAACAGCACCAUCAUCAAUCUACUGGUUGUCUGAUGGAAAUACUCAUAGCAAAUCAAACACAUAAACAUCAACAACAACAACAACAACAACAACAACACCAACAACGAUUGUUUCAUUUAAAUCGAAUGAAUUUCACUAAACAACAUGAUCGAGACUAUCUGGUUCAUUGUGAUGAUGUACCAUUGAAAAUUAACACAUUACAAUCAUUAUUCAAUUGGUAUAAAUUGAAAGCAACAGAAAAAUAUGAAGAUGUAGAGAAGAAGCCAAAGUAGAUGCAUAACUCACGUAUUAAUUAUUAUUGUCAUUAUUAUUAUGAUUAUGAUUAUUAUAGAUGGUUGGAUGAAUGAUUUGCUUAUUCUCCUGUUUUCUGUUUCGC